ACGAUAAUUGCAAUAUAAUAUUGAGUUAAAGCAGUUAUCCUAACAACGUACAAUUACGUUUAAUAGAAAAUCUUAUUUUUAGUCUGUGGAACUUUGCACCUACUGUUGCCGAACUACGUUUCCGGCGUUUUCGGAACCCGAAUUUCUAGUCCAGAAUUUCCCGCGAUUAUUUUGCAUUGUUCUUAAAUCUUGUCAGUGUCAAAAUUAUUUAUUCAUUAUUUAUUGCCAAAUGCCAAUUAAAUUACACGGAUCAAGUUUCUGCUUUUUCUGAGGCACAUAGGCAGAUUAGUAUUAUUGGUAUAUAUGUACUACCCGUAUACUACUCUUUGCUAAAUGCUAAGUACUCUUUGACAGACAGUCAAAAAUAGUGUGUUAGCUUGUACGUUAAAAUUGAUUUUUAAUUUACUUGUGUUGAGACAAUUUCAUGUCGUUACUUGAAGACGUAUUUCUCCAGGAUGAGGCUAACGAAGCUCAGGAAUUAGAAAGGGUUAUAGAAGGUGGUGAUUAUGACGAAAGACUUCCUUUAGACAGUGAUGACAAUAGUGAAAAGGAAGAUGAAGCAGAGGAAGAUAAAAGACGUGUAGAUCCUACAUCCAAUAAAAGUAAGCGGAUAGUAAAGAAUCCUCGUUUCAUAUUAAAUCCAGCACGUCUGACAGGGCCCAGAGGAAUACAAGUUAUUCCAGAGCAUUUCAAAGAUUUUAAGUUUAAAGGUAAAGGGCAUGAAAAAGAAGAUUUGGAUCUGGUACUUAAAAAACUAGAACACUGGGCUUACAGAUUGUAUCCAAAAUUCAAAUUUGAAGACUGCUUGAAGAAAAUAGAAGUGUUGGGGAAGAAAAGGCCUGUUAUGGUACACCUUCAAAAAAUAAGAUCAGAUCAGUUCAUAUCAGAAGAAACAGUAGUACAAAAAGAUUCAAGUGAUGAUGAAGCCCCACAACAAGAGGAAGAUGAAUUUGACAAAUUGCUCCAACAACAGAUAGAUUUAGCUAGGGCCACCCCUGCGCCAGGUUCUGUGAAAAAGAACAUGGUUAAUAGCAGAAUAGAAGAUAGAUCAUUAUCAAUGCCAAAAGCAACUUCCUCUCCUUCUAUCAGCGAGGAACAAAGAGAAAGAAUGCUCAGAAAUAGAAGAUUGGCAGAGGAGAGAAGACUAGCCAAACUAAAAACUAAUAAUUCUGAUGUUACUCCCAAUAUUGAAGGGGAUGACGAUUUAAUAGCAAAGAAACAUACAAAAGCCAAUGUUAUUGAUAGUUCUGAUGAAGAAAGUGAGAAUGUAUCAGUUUGUGUACAUCAAGAAGUCAGAAGUAAAAAUAAUAGAAAUGAAGUAAAUACUGACAUGGACACAUUUGACAAUCUUCGUCACAAUAGUGAUGAAGAAAUUACAAAAUUAGAUGAAAAUGGCGCAGCGAACAAUGAAGUAGCAGAAAAUAAUAAUAAAACAGAUAAAAGCAAAGAUCAAAAACAAGUACAAGAAGGUGCUGCAGAGGAAUCAAAGGAAAAGGAUAAUAUAGAUGCAAUAGAUGAAGACACAAAUGAUGCAUCUGAUACUGAUAAUGUGACAGACAAUCAAGAAAAUAUAGUUUUAGAAAACAGUAUUCUUCAAAGCACUAUUCAGGGACUAGUGGAAAAUGAUAAUAACAUAAAUCUAGAAAGGGAUUUGAUUAAUCAAGAUUUUGUUGAAGACGAGAUAUCAAGGGUAACAGAUAACGCAGAUGUAAAUGUAGACAGUAAUCAGAAAAAUAAUAAUAAGGAAUGUGAGAAUGUUAUGGAUGUUGAUUUUAGUGAGGAGUUUUGAUGAUAAAUAAAGUAUUUUGACUUUGUGUUA